AAUAUAUCAAACGAUUGCCGGAUCGGCCGAGCAGAUAAAGCUCGCCGGGGAAGCUGACCGCACUAGCGCAAAACAAAGUGCCAGCCGCGCGGCCGAGAGUUUAUCGGAGUGUGUGUCCACAUUUCUCGGAGAAUAGCCGCUCAUUACGCAGCCGCGGCUCGAGCCAAGUGCACGCGCGAGUGCAGACGACGCGCCGCUCCGUUGAGAGCCAUGGCGCGACUGGUAGCGCAGAUCGCCAGGUGCACCGCCAGGUCGAUGCUAUUUAAUCACGAGGCUGCCGCAUUCAAGGCUGCUCCGAAAUCUUCCAGCCUCGUUCGGCACAUCGCGAGCACACAUCGCUUGGAAGCUGAAAGGAGGUACACCGACAAACAUGAGUGGGUAACGCUGAAUGGCAAUAUUGGUACAGUAGGAAUUUCGGAUUACGCACAAGAUGCUCUUGGAGACGUUGUUUAUGCACAACUUCCAGACAUCGGCCAAGUGAUCAAAAAAGAAGAUGAAUGUGGAGCCCUGGAGUCGGUCAAGGCAGCCUCUGAGAUAAUGAGCCCCUGCAGUGGCAAAGUCCUCGAGAAGAACGAAGCCGUCGAGAGCAAACCGGGUCUUAUCAACACGUCCUGCUACGACGAGGGAUGGCUCUUCAAGAUCGAACUGAGCGAUCCCGAGGAGAUAAAAACUCUUAUGGACGAAGAUGCCUACAACGAGUACCUCAAGACUGACCCUCAUUAACAGCGAGCCAUGAUAGAUGAAUAGCAAGGGAAAGAAAGAACGAAAGUGCAAAUCAAAGCUGACCAGUGCUACACAAAAAGUCCAAAGAAAAAUAUAGGAACAUGUAGAAACCCAAAAAUUAAGCAGCGAUUUUUGUUCAAGAUGUGAUUGUUGUAAAUAAUUCUUUUAGCGCAUGCAAACAUUCAAAACAUGUAUCAAGACUAAAAAUGUUUCUAGUUUUUAAAAAAUCAUUCACAACAAUGAGCUGAUUAAAGUUUUUUUACAAGAUAAAACUAUGAUUGCUCUUAUUGUGUACACAGCUUUAUUCAUAUUAAAACAUAUUUUAUUUUCAAAAAACAGAUUUUUAUUUGUAUCUUUCUGCCUUUAUCAUAUUGGACGUAUUGGAUGAGUUAACAAAAAUGUAUAAAACUUGUAUUCUGCUUGGGUCUUGUUUUCACUUAUUUCAUCAAGACAUAUGUUUCCACAUGUUCUUACAUGCCUCUAUACGACUCUUUAAAAGAAAAACUUAAUACCUUUCACGUUUGGUAUUGGCUCUUCGAUUAAAUAAUCUGGUCUAUUUACGUGUAGAUCAAACACCAAAGGUUGUUUUAUUGUACAUACUUGUAAGAGAAUAAUGUAACUCGACGUACUUUUGACAUAGAUUGUUAUUGUUUUUUUUUAAUUUUGUUCUUUCACCAAAACCGCGAUUUAAAUUAUGAGUAUGGACUCGUUGUGCACUCAUUGUACUGAUGAAAGGUGAUUAAUCGAUAUAGAUUCAUCGUCGCAUCAGCGACUGUGUUAUCAACAGUAAGUAGUUCUAAGCAACGUUGACGUACGACUCGAAGCGUACGAAAUUUUUGUAAUAAACAUUACGCAAUAAAUUACUAUCGAUUUCUGAAAUACA